AUGGCAAAUUUAAACCCACCGCAAGCAGUUCCGGCCUUCGAAUCGGCAGAAAUAAUCAAGCAACUGUUACUGUCUCGAUAUGCUUCCGAGCAGGACGAAGCCGUACAGUAUAUAAUUAAUGACCUUAAACACGCCACGGAAGAAAUUCGUCCUCUGGUUGUCCAGAAUCUUUUCAAACUGGACCUGAUAACGAAUCUUUGUAACGUUCUCGAAAGUUCGUCAGGCCAAACUCUGAGAUCAAUCCUGAAUACUCUGGAAAUCUUGGUCGAUUAUGCCGAGUUUUACAGCCACCGACAUCAGACAAUCGCCAGAAACGCUUAUGGCUACCAAAACAGGAUCGACAAUCGAGUUCAGAUCCUCGAGAUCCUGAAGAGCCUGAUUCCUUGGAAUUCUACCAACGAGCUGGUAAAAAUCUCGUGCGCUGAAAUCCUUUGUUUAAUCAUGAGUUUCCCAGUGCCUGGGAUCGACAACAAUAAAGGCUUUUUGUCUUCUCUGCUCGUCGUUUUCGAGGAGUCCUUGAAGACGAUGUGCUCUUUCUUUAAUGAUAACGACAACGUGACGAACGCCAUACAAAAGCUUAGCAUUAUCUGCGAAAUCUGUGCUUCGGGGACCUUAUUUUGCACCGUAGAAGAGGACAUCGUGGAACGCGAGAUCCUGUCUUCGGAGCUGGAAAAUAUUGGAAACGCCGAACAGAGGGCUACUUUUACGAAACUCAUUUACGAUGCCGUAACGGAAGUACUCGUGCCAUUUGUAAAAACGGUCGCUGGGAAGGUCGAAAAGCUGCAGCAGUACAUGGUAAAAUGUUUAAAUGACCUGUAUCAGCUAGAAGACUGUCUGACCACGAAACUGUCCAUUUGUUUAAUCGAAAAUGGCUAUCUGAAAUAUUUCCUGGACGCAACAAUUACAGCGUCGACGUUGGACAUGAUUGAACUCGAGCCACUUAUUAAAAGACUAUUGAUAACAUCUGAAGACAUUCUACAAUCCGGUCCGGUUUUGAAAGCACUGUGGUUCCUUUUUGCGAUUUCAACAUUGUCCCACGUGGCUCCAUUCGAAUUGAACGAACACGCCAAGGCGGCCGAAAAUCUAAAUACAAUGUUGCUGAAUGUAGAUUUGAAGCAGUACUACACGCACCAUCCAGGUCUUCUUUUUUACAGCUUCCAAGACCGAGAAGUAACAGAUGAAUUACGAAUUGAACUUGUGGGACUAUGGCUAGAAUUUGAUGGCGACGUGGAAGUUGUAAUAACCGCAGAUCAAGUCAAUGCAAAAUGCCGUUGUCUAUUGGAGCUUGUACGACGGGGUACUCGCAAACAAGUGUUGGCAGCAAUGAAAGGUUUGAAGAUAUUAUUGGCAGAGGAUAAAUACACCGAGGAAAUAUCAGGGACUAUUUGGGAAAUGGUACCUCUCGUUCUCGCGUCAUAUACAAAUAAUGAUGACAAUGUCAUGGGUUUGCUAGAAAUUGCGAACGUCGCGAAACCGAAGAUUACCUCCAAUACAUCCCUAAGACGUACUUCUUUGCUUCUUAUCAAAAUGAUAAUGAAAGAGAAUUUGGACGUGCAGCUAAUAAUUACAGUCAUUCGUCAUGCUUACGUCGUACUCGUGCACUCGAUUACUAAAGAUGAGCAAGCCAUAAUGUUGAUGUACGUGAAGGAGCCUGAAUUAUUGAUAAAAUUGCGCAUAUUUGGAUUUGAUAAGGAAAACUCAGAUUUAUCAGCUGCCUCCUUAACGUGUCUCUCUUUUAUUCUUUGUUGCCAGUAUAGUUUCUCCAUCCAGAGCGCCGAUGAGCCGAUUAUCAUAAAAAUGGAGGAAUUGCUCGAGCACAUGUGGGGCUCGAACCUUAAAAGGCAACCAACAAUACAUGUUCUGCGAUUUACAUUUGCAUUGUUAUCGUAUAAAAUUGAAAAACCGGUCGUAACAUUGGCCAAAUUCAGCAGCGAUCCAGAAUCCCUGAAGACAAUCCGAAUAUAUUACAAUUUACUUCACACAAUCCAUGGAAAGAGCGACAUGACUGUAAAAGACGUCGUUUAUCGAUGCUUUUGUGGCUUCUUGGACUAUUGCCACGAGAACCAUGUUGGCUUAUUGAAGAUUUUGAUUCAACAACCGUGGACCAAUGUCCUGGUGCAGUUGACCGUCAACUUGAAGGCGAUUACCAAAUGGCUAACCAAGUUUUUGGUCACUUGGAUGAAGUACAGGAAACAAUAUCUACCCGAGUAUCUGGUUAUUUUCGGGGAAGGUGCAGACACUAACAGAGCACUUUGCAGAGAUCGCUUCGAACAAACUUUGGACGUGUUGGACAAUUUUCUCAAGACUGGAAGAGAACGAGACACGCAGAGCAAGGAGAACCUCGAUGAAAUAGAACGAGCUCUCAACAUCUUCAGAAUUCACUAAGCUCAACAAUGAAAACGACCUCGAACAAUCAGCUCUAAGAUUCCAGAAAAAUCCG